ACUGUGGAUUCGGGGACUAUGGAGUAGUGGAUAAGAGUCUUCCGCAUAAACCGUGUGACCAAGAAAUUGAGGACAAGGAAAGUGGAAGUGAAAAAUGGAGGUAGCUAUGUCUCUGAACGCCGUUGUUCGGCUUCCCUUAUCGAGUUCAAGGACAAACGGAGAUGGGUUGGUGAGGCACUCUCUGUUCUCAACCCAAACGACCCAAAAGCUAAAUCACCAGCUGAGACUCAACGGCCGGCAUGUACUGGUGGUUCAGGCAAAGGGUAAAAAAGGAAUGCAAUCUCGCCAGUUUCAAAAGGCUCCACCUCCUUCGUUGCCCAAGAUUGAAGAUGAUGGAAACCCACGCUUUGUUAUUUUCAUCCGAGCGGCAAAUGUUUAUCUUUGGUACCCGCUUAGUAUAAUUUCAGGUGGCACCACCGCCAAAAUCAUGCUUGCAGCCAAAGAUAAUUUUCUGGGAAAAUAUAUAUACAAAGACACACUGGCUAGAAAUCUUGCGGCAGUUAUUUACCGUGAUGAAAAGGAGAUACAGAAGACAGCAUUUAAGCAGUUUCGAGUAUUGCGGGAAGUUACUGAUUUCAGAUAUGGCUACAAAAUUGUUGAAAAUGGCAAUUUAAGGGCGGCACUUACUACCUCAGAUGUUAUUGAGCUUCCAACACAAGACAAGCUUAAAACAGUGCUUGAUAAAGUGAAAGAUUUUUUUGGGGAUGCAAAGGAAUCAUUUGGGAAGAUAACGGAGCUAAAUGUAUCUGCACCUGAUGAGUCUGAAGAAAAUAUAAAACGAAAGGAAAAGGUUAAAAGCUGAAGCUGGAUAUGUAGUAUUUGCUUGACAAAUUGUCCCGGUCAUUGCUUCUCUGAGAUAGAAAAAGAUUCAUAUGCCUUAGUGGUACAUAUAAUACCGCAGAGAGUUUUUGCACAAUUUUUAUUCCACGGUUUUGUUAAUAGAUCUGUUUCCAAUUAAACAGGGUUCUACAGUCUUUCUUUUGUAAAAUCUAACAUAUGAAUUUAGCCUUUUACAUGCUUGUACUUGUCCUGAUGUUUUUGCACUUUUGUAAUUGAGUAGAAUACCACAUAGUUUACUA